AUGCAUAUGACUGAUGUUCUCGCUGCUGGUGACAUCUCAAAGGCUGUGUCGGCCUUUGCAGCUGCUGACUCAUUUAACCACAAGAAAUUUUUUGAGUUGUGUGGCCUUAAGAGCAAAAGCAAAGAUGACAUGAAAAAGGUUUUCCACAUCUUGGACAAGGACCAGAGUGGUUACAUUGAGAAGGAGGAGCUUUGCCUUAUAUUGAAAUGCUUCACUCCAGAAGGCAGAGAUCUGUCUGACAAGGAAACUACAGUCCUCCUCGCCGCUGGUGACAAAGAUGGAGAUGGCAAGAUCGGCGUGGAUGGUAUAUUGUUUUUCUUUUUUUUUUGUUUGAUAAACAAUUAUCAGGAUAAAUGUAUAAUGAGUUAUUGGCUUCAGAUCCAUAAUGUAUAA